AUUCCAUUGAGAAGAAGAGGGAAAGAUGGCGUCCUCUAACAAUCCGCGCAAAUUUAGCGAAAAAAUCGCUUUGCAUAACCAGAAGCAGGCGGAGGAGACUGCGGCGUUUGAAGAAGUCAUGAAGGACCUGAACAUCACCAGAGCUGCGCGGUUGCAGUUGCAGAAGACCCAGUAUUUGCAACUAGGGCAGAAUCGUGGACAGUACUAUGGAGGCUCACUGCCCAAUGUCAAUCAGAUUGGAAAUGGCAACAUUGACCUGCCUUUUCAGAACUCGGUGAUGGACACUAGUCGAACCACCAGGCACCAUGGGCUGGUCGAGAGGGUCUACAGGGAGAGAAACCGCAUCACUUCCCCCCACCGAAGGCCCCUCUCCGUGGACAAACAUGGACGCCAGAUCGACAGCUGUCCCUAUAGCUCAGUGUACCUCUCCCCUCCGCCUGACACGAGCUGGAGAAGGACAAACUCAGACUCAGCUUUGCACCAGAGCGCCAUGAAUCCAAAACCACAGGAGGUGUAUGCAGGAGGAUCACAGGAGCUGCAGCCUAAACGCGUCCUACUGCUGACAGUGCCUGGGACAGAGAACUCAGAGUCCAACACAGAAAAGGAUGGACAGAAACAGAUGUGGGAAGAAAAGAAGGAUGAUUCACCAAAGCCAAACACAUGUGAUGUCCCAGGAAUCAAUAUUUUCCCUUCUCCGGACCAGGAGCUGAAUCCGUCUGUGCUGCCCGCCGCCCAUAACACUGGAGGGUCCCUGCCUGAUCUGACCAACAUCCAGUUCCCCCCUCCCCUCUCCACCCCCCUGGACCCAGAGGACACUAUGGCCUUCCCCUCCCUCAGCGCCGCUAACAGCACGGGCAGCAUCACCACCAACCUCACCCACCUGGGCAUCAGCGCAGCCAGCCACGGUAUUCCCACCUCUCAGCCAAACAUGUCUCAGCGUCGCCAGCCUCCUGUGGUGCCUCUGACCCUGACUUCUGACCUCCAGCUGCAGCAGUCCCCCCAACAGCUCUCCCCCACCCUCACCUCCCCCGUCAGCCUCACACAGGCCGAGUCGCUGAGUUUGGAGCAGCAGCUGUCGCAGUACCCCCUGUUCAACCAGCUGCCCCCCCAUGCCCAGGCUCAGCUCAUCAGUGACCUCCAGAAGCAGCCCCAGAGCCUCCCCCCGGGCAUCCAGCUCAUCGCCCUGCCCACCCCGCCCCCCUCAGGCUCCGCCCCCGUCACCAGCCCCUCUCCAGACCAGAGCCAGACCACCGCCAGCAUCAGCAUCAGCUCUUACCGCAAUCAGACAGGCUCCCCCGCCACUCAGUCUCCAACCUCCCCCGUCUCCAAUCAAGGCUUCUCCCCCAGCGGCUCGCCUCAACACAUCCCCGUGGUCGGCAGCAUUUUCGGAGAUUCCUUCUACGACCAGCAGAUGGCGUCGAGACAGACCAACGCACUCUCACAUCAGCUGGAGCAGUUCAACAUGAUCGAGAGCCCCAUCAGCUCCAACAGUCUGUUCAACCAGUGCUCCACCCUCAACUACACCCAGGCGGCCAUGAUGGGGCUGACCGGGAGCCUGCAGGACUCUCAGCAGCUCGGAUAUAGUAGCCAUGGCAACAUCCCCAACAUCAUCUUGACAGUGACAGGAGAGUCCCCUCCGAGCCUGUCUAAAGAGCUCACUAACUCUCUGGCCGGUGUGGGCGACGUGAGCUUUGACGCAGACUCCCAGUUUCCUCUGGACGAGCUGAAGAUCGACCCCCUGACCUUAGACGGACUGCACAUGCUCAAUGACCCCGACAUGGUGCUGGCCGACCCCGCCACCGAGGACACGUUCAGGAUGGACCGGCUGUGACGAGAGACGCCAAACCAGGAGCCAAAACAGUGAAACAAAGGAGUGAUCCAGGAGCCAAAACAGUGAAACUAAAGGAGCUAUGGGCAGGGCAGGAGGACCCCCCCUCCAUGCAUGGCUGCCCGCUGUCCCACCUGGCCCUCGACUCUGAAGCUCCAAAAGACUCCAGGAAACAGGCUUGUCCGGGAAUGGCCUUGCUGUUGUGGAAUGAGAUUGGUCGCUCAGCGCUUUGCUAGCCUGCUGUGUUUACAGUGUACCAUUACAUGCCACAUACUCCAGUACUUAGACUUUAUGUUUCAUAUCACGUCACAUGGGUUUGUGUUGAGCUGUAGCAGGACACUGCAGAGACUUGAGGAUCGGUUCCAGUUGUGUCUAAACCACAGAGCACAGCUGGUGGGAAAGGACCUGCCACUAGAGGGCGCUUUACCAUGGUGCCGAUACGGCGUUCACUCUCAAAGCUUUAUUUUUUACAACCAAAUGUUAUUUUCGUUUGUACUGUCUGUUUGGAUGUAUUUAUAUGUUUAUUUAUUGGGUUAAAUAUUUUGUAUUCAUUUCAUAAUUUAAAUGCCAAAUGCUUUGUGUCGACAUUGUGUAAAAUUGCACUGAUGUACUAUGUGUCUAUUUAUGAAUUCUUACAUAUUUGAAUCUGUGUUUGUUAAACUACUGGGUUUACAAAGGAGUGUAAAAGGUCCCCAUAGUUGCUCUUGGUGUUAAAUGUGCCAUUCUCUGAACAGGACGUGGUCGGUGUGGGCAGCGCAGUGGUCAGAAGGGGGCGCUUUAAGCCACUUGACUUAACUUUUUCUGAGAAAAUAUCAGGUAUUUCUAUUUCAUUAGAAAGCUAGAAAAUCAUGUUGAACCCCAUGUCCUGUCAAAGCCAGUGAAGCUGGACUGGAGUUUUUAAACAGCUCAAAUCUUUGGUCUUUUUAAGUGGUCACUGUGAAUCACCUGAUUUUGCCUUACAUGAGUGCUCUACUGUUCUUAAUGUGACUGCGUAUUACGUAACUUAAUGUACAAUUUUCUUGUAUCUUUAAGAAACUUUUGGUCCGUGCUUUGUGCUUAUGUUGUGAAGGUUUUGACAAAUCAAUGUACUGUAUUUUGUAGCGGUACGGUUUAUAGCCAAAUUGUUGUUUUUUUGUUUGCUUUUUCUAAAGUGGGACAAAAACUAAAAAACUCGAGGUUUAUAAAAGAGUCUAUGAAAGAGUAAGGUGCAAUUAUGGGGAUGCUUUUGGCUCCUUUUCCAGGGAAGCUCUCACAGAACAGAGACAAUGGUACCACUACAACAGUACAACAGUAUUCUACACCAACAUGCCUUUGAGAUUUAAAGACACUAUUGCACAAGCAGAGUUUAUCCAAAAUUCAAACUCAGAUUUUGAAUUUUAAAUGUAUGUAAUAUAUUUAAAUCUUGAAAAAGACUUAAAGCUCUUAUUAUAUGGAAAUGCAUAUAUAAAGUACUAGAUUUUAAAGAACCUCUACCUGAUUUUUAAUAGUUUAGUUCAGGAAAAUGCCAUUAAUUCCAUAUUGUUAAAGCAGCUAUUUGUGAAGAAAAAUGACACUAAAUAAAUAUUAUUGCCUGUACAUUUUUAAAAAGCAUUUUGUUGGAUUAGAACCAUAAGGUAGCAACUGGUAGGAACAGAACAUUUUAUCCAAUCAGAGAAGAUCUUGGACUUACGUUAUAUUUUUAUUUAUUUUAUUACAGAUUUCGUACACUACAUUUUAUUGGCAAAAGCCGUGCCAUAUUUGUCUGCUAAGCCUGGAGCAAACCUGUGUCUUAGCCUUUUUGUAAGAGUUUCCCUGACUGUUAUAGUGACAUAGUGGGGUCAUGUUUGAGGUAUUUUUACUGUUUGUGACUAAAGAGACUGCUCAUUCACUCAGCACACAAAGAAUCACUAUUGCUUUUGCUGUUCACUUUUCACUCACUGCUUUUUGAAUAGUUUCUGUGUAUCUGUUAGCUGUGUCUGUUUGUUUUGAUUUCAACACCUCCGCGAUUCCUAUGCAAAUGUUACAAAAGAGCUCGGAAAGGAAAAUUUGAAGUUCAGUUUUAGAAGUAAAGCUGGAUUCAUGCUUCUAUAUUUCAAAACUCGAUUAAAACCCUGGCAUAAUGGAUAGAAGGGUUUAACGCCGCGCUAUGUAACUUUUCUGGUUGAAGGUCUGAUUGUCACGUGCUUGUCUCCAUGGAGAUUAUUUACUUAAUUACUUUGGCUGGAAUGUUUCACAAUAUGGCUUCAAACAUGUUCACAGAAGUUUUUAUUGCUGUAAAAGUAGCUUGAAAAAACACUCUUAACCUUCCAGAUCUGACCUGUAACUUGGUCUGGUGGCGUCAUCUGCUUCUCCCCAUCGAAGUAAGUGUAAUGCCCUGCUGUGGAACAUUCCAGGCAACACAAAUAUCUUCAAGAAAACAAAGAGGUGACAGACUCCUCCCCAGAAAACGUAUAUAUAGUGCCCGUUUGAGAAGAAAAAAAAAACACAUUUCACGUGGUUGUACUGGAUAUUUUUGUUUUUAAUAUUUUCUUACAGACUUCUUGCUAAGUUAUUUUAUAUUGUGCAUUAUUCUUUAUUUCUGCACUUUCUGGCUUCAUGUUAUCAUUUUGCACAUUCAGUUUUAUUUUUAAUAUGAGCUAAACCUGUCACAAUAAUCGUCCAGUAUAUGAGAUUAACACACCUGUUGGACUCACUAGUUCUUGUCAUUUCCACCAGUCCGUAACUUCAUAUAUUUUCGCACUAUGGUAACUUUUGAGUUGAAGUCAGUUUAAUAACAGACUGUAUUGCUGUUCCUGUUUAUUUUUUAUUUUCUUUAUUAUUUUUCAAGUGUUUACUGGGAUCGUUUCAAUGUUAUUUAUUAUAUUUUGUGUAGAAAUGCAUUACACUUAAAGAUGCACUGUGUAACUUCCUUCACCUUCUUCUCAAUGGAUUUACUGUAUUGCCUGGAAUGUCCCACAGUAUGGCAUUACAUUUAAUUAUCUCUACGGAAGUUCAAUGUCAGAUCUGUGGAGAGGCGAGCCCACUCACAGUAAGAGUGCAAGUUUUUAGGUCAAUACAAAAACAUUAUUGUGUAGAUGCAAGACCGGGACAUUCCAGACAAAAUAUUCACAUCUCCAUGGAUAAAAGCAGGUGGCAGAAAAGUUACACAGUGCAGCUUUAUAAUUGUGAGAAAUUGCAAGAACUGUUGACAAAACUACAAUAUGUAAUCCGUAUUGUCCAGUUUACCGUCUGAUCUUAUUUGCAGGUUUGUGAAUGAGCUGAGCGGAGUCCUCGGUGUUGUACAGUACAGUCAGACUAUUUUUGCUGCAGUGGUGCUUUGACAAUCAACAAGGAAGAAAGAAAGAUAGAAAGGAGAGACAUACGGCGCUGCUGAUUAAAAACUGUCUGGUGUCCCUUGACGACCGUAACCGCAGCCUGUUGCCGUGGAAAUGCAUGACGUUGGAAACCCCGUUGUAUAUUGUCUUUGCUAUCGUUUCUAUUUUGUAACCUGUAUUUCCAAAUGCAAAUUGAAAAGAUUAUUUUGGAUAUGUGCAUGCCUGUGAAAUGUUCAGAAUGUUGAUUUCCACUAAAAGCUGUUGAGUUAAAA